UUUAUUAUGUUUUUCAGUAUUAACUUGCUAUAAAAUCUCUUAAAGAAACAAAACAAAGUAUGCUUUGAGUUAGCUCUUCGGAAUCACAAUAGACAAAAAGGUUGCAGAGAACAGCCAAGCCGGAUCCUGUCUACAGCCAAACAGGAGAUGGGGGAAGGCUGUACUAAAACCUCACAGUGAAGAGUGAAAAGUUACAGGGGUUGUGGGAAGGUGAGCUCUGGCUGGAAUGGGAAGUCUUGCUAUUCUGUGAGCUGCUUGUUUACUGCUCUCUCAUUCACUAACAAGCAGAGGCCGAGGACACUUUGCAGAGGCCCAGGACACUUUGCAGAGGCCCUUCUGAAUGAGACAAUAGGGCAAGGCUUGAGGAUCCUUUAAGUGUUCUGCAAACUUGACCUUUGCUUCUAACAAGACUUUUUCCAAAACAGAGCUCUUUUGUGCGAUUUCCGAGACUUGACAUGUGACCUAGCAAAGGCCGCAGGCAAUGUGACCAGCCCACAAUUGAUGCAUUUAUUCAAAGUGUGCUUACUGAGUUUUCUAUGUACCAGCCAGCAUCCUGAAACUAGGGACAGGGAGGACCCAACUUUUUACAAGACUUUCAAACAAAGCACAGCUAAGUAAUGCGAUCACUUCUCAGAGUGUCCACAAGCAUCUUGAGGCCACCUGGAGGAAAGGGCGUUCAUUGGUCAGUGAGGCUGAGGCUGUACAAUAAGUCCAAGUCACGCAUGGUCAGAAGGCAAAGGCAGGCAACAGACCAGAGAUGGCCUACAGAACAACGUAACAAUUAUUUAAUGUCAAGGUAGUUGAGGUAGCUGAAAUCCACUUUAAAUAGGGAAAUGAGGCAAUCUAAGUGAUUAUGACUGCAGCUCUUUUUUUGGCAUCAAACAACCAGCAUGAGUAUAUUCUGCAAUUCUCUGUGACAAAGGUCUCAACUAUCUUGUUUCUUUGAUAAUCUGUCAUAAUCUUUGAAACACAGUAGUGGAAGACAAUGGUUUGGGGCAUGUUUAGAGGCAAACCUUGUUUCAGGGCCAAAGGCUCAAUAAGUAAAGAUGUGCGGGUAAAGAAAAACGAUUUACACGUAUUGUACAGCGACGGUGCCUGACACGAUCAUGGCACGUUUUCAGAACGUUUCAGAACUCUGGAGUAAGCUAGUUACUCCAGAGGGCUCCGGCGAGGAGCACCGGGCACUUGUGAAACUGCCGCCCACGUUCCUCCUGCUCCCCUUUCCUUUCUCUAAAGUGGAACAGAGAGCAACAGUCACUCAGUGAGAGGCGCAAGGCCAAGCGCAGCCUCAAUGCGGCCAUUGUCAUCAAGCGGCACCUCCCCCGCUCACCGCGCGUCCCCAUGGCAACUCCGGGCUUCGGCUUCCCCAUUCCCUCCCGCCCCCCCCCCCGUCCUGCGGACCGGAAGCCGUGCGCGCCGGGGGCUUGUGGGAAGCGGCUGAAAGCGGCGGCGCAGCGUCUGCCCGGGACGACGAGGCUGUGGCGGGUCCCGAGCCAGAGGAGUACUUUUGAGGAAAACAGGGUAUUUCUGAGGUCUGUACCUUGCCUCAGUUGCCUUUUCUUGGAGGUAUUGUAACAGGAUGUCUGCCCAGUCAGUGGAAGAAGAUUCAAUACUUAUCAUCCCAAAUCCAGAUGAAGAAGAAAAAAUUCUGAGAGUGAAACUAGAGGAGGAUCCUGACGGUGAAGAAGGAUCGAGCAUUUCCUGGAACCAUCUCCCUGACCCGGAGAUUUUCCGGCAGCGGUUCAGGCAGUUUGGAUACCAGGAUUCACCAGGACCGCGAGAGGCGGUGAGCCAGCUCCGAGAACUGUGCCGCCUGUGGCUCAGACCGGAGACGCACACGAAGGAGCAGAUACUGGAGCUGGUGGUUUUGGAGCAGUUUGUCGCCAUCCUCCCCAGGGAGCUACAGACUUUGGUUCGAGAGCAUCACCCAGAGAACGGAGAGGAGGCAGUGACUGUUCUAGAGGACUUGGAGAGUGAACUUGAUGACCCUGGACAGCCGGUUUCUCUCCGUCGGCGGAAACGGGAAGUACUUGUAGAAGAGAUAGCAUCUCAAGAAGACGCUCAGGGAUUACCGAGUUCUGAGCUUGACGCCGUAGAGAACCAGCUCAAGUGGGCAUCCUGGGAACUCCACUCUCUGAGGCACUGUGAUGAUGAUGCUACGGCAGAGAAUGGAGCCCUGGCCCCAAAGCAGGAGAUCGCUUCAGCGGGAGAGUCUCACGAGGUUCCUGGCACUCUCAACAUAGGUGUUCCUCAGAUUUUCAAAUAUGGAGAAACCUGUUUUCCCAAGGGCAGGUUUGAAAGAAAGAGAAAUCCUUCCAGAAAGAAACAACACAUAUGUGACGAGUGUGGGAAACACUUCAGUCAGGGCUCUGCCCUUAUUCUUCAUCAGAGAAUCCACAGCGGGGAGAAGCCUUACGGAUGUGUCGAAUGUGGGAAAGCCUUCAGCAGAAGCUCCAUCCUGGUGCAGCACCAGAGAGUCCAUACUGGAGAAAAACCCUACAAGUGUCUCGAAUGUGGGAAAGCCUUUAGCCAGAAUUCUGGGCUCAUUAACCAUCAGCGAAUCCACACUGGGGAGAAACCGUAUGAAUGUGUUCAGUGUGGGAAAUCCUAUAGUCAAAGCUCAAAUCUUUUUAGACAUCAGAGAAGACACAAUGCAGAAAAACUUUUAAAUGUUGUGAAGGUUUAAGAAAUUAUGAGGAAACAAUCAGCACUCAGGUCUUUUUCUUCAGAAAUGAAGACAAAAUUAAAAAGUGAAGAGAUAUGGAAACUAUUUUUCCCCAUUGACUGAGAAAAUCUACUGGGAAAUAAAAAAAAAAAAAUCUUCAUUCACCAUUAUUACCUUGAAAGAAAUGGUGUUAUACCUGCCUAGAAACCGAAAUUUUAAAUAAUUCAGGUGUUAAUAACCUAAAUUUUCCAUGUGAUGUUUAUAUUUUCUUUUUUUCUCCCCAAGUAAUUAGAUGCCUGGUUCUCUGUCCCUCCCCUUUUUCAGACAGCUACUUUAUUUCUGUGUUGAUCACUGGAGGGGUGUUCUGUGAGGGUGCACACCUUUUUGUUUUAAAGGGCAACACAGGAAUUGUAAAAUCUAAAGCCCAUCUUCAAGGUUUAGAACCAUCCUUGAAAGCUUAGCUUCCUUUUGUUCAGGUUGAGAAGAUAACGGCCAAAGCCGCAGUCAGAUAAGCCUUAAGUCUCAGACGAGAGAUGGCAGCAAAACUUCCAGGAGCGGAGGGACAACUGGGGAAGUUCCCUGGUGAAGCAUGUCUCUUAAGUACAGUCAGUCUACAGGAAACCUCCAAAGGAAAAAGUGAUUUUACCUAACUUGUGGGAAUCUUACUAACUAAAAUGGUUUUCCUGUGUAAACACAGACAAUUGUAGAAGUGAUGGUAAAUCAAACACUAAGGAAGAAUGUAGUGAUAUUGAAAGGCAAAUGUAAAAUUAAAGUAAUUAUAUGUAUGACAUGGCUUUUAGAAAAAUUCUUAACUCAUUUUGCCUCAUCCUAGUUAAGGACAGGGAAUUCCGUGAUAGGGUGGGCAGCAAUAUCAGGUUUGCUAUUUUUAUUCCUUUGGUACAAAAGGGUUGAACACCAGGCUAAAACAGCCAUACAUUUCUUAUUAAACGUUUCUACUGACAGUGCACUGUGCUGGGUACUGUAAUCCUACCUAAGCAGGUAGGUAUUCGCUCCACUGUAAGUCAUGAGGGGUUUCCCCAUCACCAUUCCCAGCCACCUCUGAGAGCGCCAGAGCUGUAGUUCUCUUGCCAGUGUGUUGUGUUUGGAGGGAGAGCUAGCUGGUCAGCUCUUAGCGUUCUUCAGAGCUGAGCUCAAGACACACUCUUAGUUUGAAAGUUUAUGAAUCUUAAAAAUCCAAACAUUUCUAGUAGCAUUGUGGUUGUAGCUACACAUUGAAUGGACUGUACUUUAAACAACUAAGCUAUUAAUUACUAGUUUAUUAACGGUCAGAAUUGAUUUUCUAAUCUACAGUCUUAACACAUUUUUUUAAAGAAGUAUUAAAAGUAAUACAUUUUAGUAGUAGGAUUCUGUAUGCCUUGGCUAAGAAUCCAAGUACUGUGGUUCUACUGUUUAAUGGAAAACUCUGGAAGUUAAAGCAGUGGGUAAGAGAAGAGGUUUUGUUUGGUUUUGUUUUGUUUUGUAUGUAAGACAGGCAUUGUUACAUGGAAAAUUAUCCAUGCAAGUACAAAUAUUUUAUAGCUCCAGUUAUUUGGGUCCUAUCUGGUGCUUCGUCAAAUUUUAACGUGAAAAGUGAGGUUUUUGAGUGAACCUGGUGAAAAGCAGUAAAAAAUGCAGCACCGCUGCUGAGGUGAGGCAGAAUGACGCUUGUUCAUGAUUUUCUGAGAACAAUUAUAAGAAAUGUGCUUUAUAGAUGAAGAUUUAUUGAGGUAUAAAUAUGUAGUAAUGCUAUAAUGUAUUUUUAAGUUAUACAAGAAAAUGUAGGGACUUUUGUUUGGGUCUUUCUCUGUGGCUGAGAGGAAACAAGUUAAUGUCCAAUAAAGCUGGAAACUCCUCUGCUCUAAGAUAAA